AUGUGUGGCGGCGGUGAUGGCGGCGGCGGCGAGCCGAGACCUUUCUCUGGUGUUCGGUUCAGGCUAGCAGGAUUCAGUACCGAGGUGGAGAAAAGGUAUGCUCUUGCCUUGGAGAAUGGAGGAGGUGCACCAUCAAUGUUCCUCGGCAUGGGAUCAGACUGCAGUCACCUAAUAGUUUGCACUUGUACUGUUGAUAAGCAUCAUGAAUGGUGUGAGAAAGGCGCGAAAGGGAACUGCAUGAUCGUCAAUGAUUUGUGGCUUGACCACUGCAUCCGUGGAGGCGCGCUUGUUCCUACAGAGAAAGUAUGGGUAUUUUUCUAUAUUGCAUCUAGGCAGAUUGAACCUGAGAGCAAACCAAGUUGCAGGCUUGAUGAGUAUCUCAAAUCAGAACACAUAUCAAUUCUUGGUCCAAUUGACUCCAGCAAUAACAGAAGAAGCAAUGCUGAAGGGAACGUGGAGAUGAAUGAAACAAGGGCUCCCAUUUCUAUGAGAUUCAGUACGCCAACGGGCGGACCAACCCAUUCGAGCACAUAUAGGCUUAGCAAAUCCACAGGUGACAAGAAUAGGAUGGUUAAGACUGAGCCUGAGAGCAAACCAAGUUGCAAACGGUCUCUGGAGUUUAAUUCACAUGAGACACCUGUUGAUGAAUAUCUCAAAACAGAAGACCGGAUCGAGUCGGUUCAAUAUCCCUUCUGUUCAAUCCCUCGGGACUUAGCUUCUCCUAUCUCGAAGCGGGUUUUGAUGAAAGCUUACCUGGAAGUUGCACGUUCCCACAAUGCUAAUGAAUCGUUUGAAGGCAUCUUCAGCUGGAAAAAUUUCUUGGUAUCAGAACAAAGUGAGAUUCUUAAGCUUGUUGGGGUACGGGCAGUUCCUCUUACACCGGACGGGCGAAAAGCAGACGGGAAAAAGUUUGCCAUGUUGGUUCGAGGACUCUUUGAUGAUGGACUCCCAGAAGAUCUGAAGGGGUGGCUAAAGAAUAUGGAGCAAGGAUGGGAAGAUGCCCUUCUUCUAAACCACAUUUACAUGAGAGACCGAAGAUCAACUCUUGGCGAAUUCCUCAUGAUGUACCAUUGUCUGCUCGGGUUGGAGGGCUAUGACUCCACCAAGUACGAAGCCUUCGUCAAAUCGUUAGCCACAUAUAAUGCUUGGCACCAUAAUGGAUUCAAGUAGUCCGUUCUAAAAGAAAAUAAAGAUUACAAGAAGUCCAAUCACGAGAGCAAUCGGCACAAGAGAACAAGAUGUGAAGAAGAAGAACCCAAGAAGAAGAACAAGGAAAGCCCUUCUAAGAAGACAGUCAAAGGUGUCCUUAAAUGUAUUCGAAAUACUUGGGCUCACCCUGCUGAUAAAGAUCAAGAAUAUUUUCUAGCCAUCAUUCUUGGUGAGUACCCUGAGCUUCUGCCAGACGUCCAGUUGGCGCUGUACAUCUCGGGCUUCUACGGACAAGCAUAUAGCAUCAAGCAGUUUUCUUGAGCCAGAGUAGAUGCAGCUAGAUAGCUGGUUGAUUUCAAAGAAUAGCUUAUACACAUACGUAUGUACAGUCACAUAGAAACGUGUACUAGAUAUACAGUCUAGAAACAACAUGAGGCUUAUGGAGCUUUUGAAAUUUUGGAUCCCUUGGUGGGUUAUAUUGAUUGUGACUGACGAUAUGGAGUUAACAUUUUUUUGUUGAUAAUCAGAUUGUCUCUGUUAAAUUU